AUGGAUCGGGAAGAUCACAAUCAACGACCUCAGAUUCGGGGUCAACAACUCGACGUCGAUGAUUCAAAUAUUACAGGUCGUCGUGGUGCUUUUCAGCUCCGCUGCACGUCCCUAGCAGCAACAGUUUUGUAUUUGGAGCAGGCGGGACGACACCAUGGCGAUGACGAGCAACCGUAG